AUGGCAGAUUUGCUCAUAAUCUCCUCGAGCAUUGUUCGACCCGUAAACAACAGCCGAUCGGGUCGGGCAAAGAUCCAUCUUACUCCAUUUGAUCUUACUCAACUUCAAUAUGAUUAUCCUCAAAGAGGUCUUCUCUUUCCCAAACCCGAUCCAAAUUUCGAUCUCAUCUCUCGACUAAAGGCCUCUCUCUCUGUUGCCUUGGAGACCUACUUCCCUUUCGCAGGUCGUCUCGUCAAAGUGGAGAAUCUUGAAGAUAACUCGGCGUCGUUUUACAUAGACUGUGAUGGCUCCGGCUCAAGAUUUCUCCACGCCGAAGCUAAAUCAAUCUCGGUGAGUGAUUUUCUACAGCCUGAUGGUUCUGUUCCCAAUUUCAUAAAGCUCUUCUUUCCUGCUGAUGAUUUCAAGAGCUGUGAUGGUGUCUUGGAGCCCUUACUUGCAUUACAAGUCACUGAGAUGAAGGAUGGAGUUUUCAUCGGAUUCUGUUACAACCACUUGGUAGCAGACGGUGCUUCGAUGUGGAACUUCUUCCACACUUGGUCCAAGAUUUGCUCGAGUGGUUCGGUUUCUUCAGAUCAUCAGCCUCUUAUUCUUAAAGGAUGGUUCCUUGACGGGAUCAACUACCCUAUCCAUAUUCCAGUUUCAGAGACGGAGAGGUCACAGCCAAGCCGUGAACUAUCUUCCGUAGCCAGUACAAAAGACAGGGUAUUUCACUUCACAAAGAAGAAUAUUUCUGAUCUCAAAGCUAAAGCCAACAGCGAGGUUGAUUCUAGUGACUUGAAAAUCUCAUCUAUUCAAGCAGUUUCUGCACAUAUGUGGAGGUCUAUCAUCAGACACAGUGGUCUCAGCCGAGAAAGAGAGACGCAUUGCAAAGUAGCAGUGGACUUGAGACAGAGGCUGAAUCCUCCACUCGAGAAAGAUUGUUUUGGGAAUAUGGCCUAUCUUUCAUCAGCUAUAGCUACCGUGGAAGAGCUGCUGGAUCGUGGGCUAGGAUGGGCCGCUUUGCAAAUAAAUAAAGUAGUGAAGUCGCAAACUAAUGAAAACUGUAAAACUUUUGCAGAGGAUUGGAUUAGGAAUGUAAAGAACCUAAAAGUAGGCGUUGGUGGAAGAACGGAUGGUGAUACUAUAGUUGUCGCAAGCUCUCCCCGGUUUGAAGUGUACAACAACGAUUUCGGUUGGGGUAAACCGAUUGCAGCUCGAGCUGGACCGGGCAAUAGCAUCAGUGGUAAACUUGUAUUUUUCCCUGGAAUCGAAGAAGGAACUAUAGAUGUUCAGGCGACACUAUGGUCUCAUGUACUAGUUAAUCUACUAGCCGACGUAGAAUUUGUUGAGCAUGUAACUAUUGCAUAAUUUGAAAUAAAACAUAUUAUUCGGACUUACA